AUGUCAUCGGCCGCCGCCGCCAACGCUUCUUCACUCUGCAAUUUCAACGGUUCAUCGAGGAGGCCGCUGCCUCCUUGCUGUCUCACUGGACGACGUCGGAAGAGUUGUACUGUUCGAAGAAUUCGAGCUCUAACUUCUUCUUCAAUUUCUGAUUUCUUUGGAAGCAUGAGACUUACCUCAACCCCAAAGCUGUUGAAUUUACAACACAAGCAGAGCAAAAGAAGUUUAUCUGUUUUCGCCAUGGCCGCUGAGGAGAAGAGAGCAAUUCCGUUGAAAGACUAUCGUAAUAUUGGAAUCAUGGCUCAUAUAGAUGCUGGGAAGACGACUACCACUGAGCGAAUCCUAUACUAUACUGGUAGAAACUAUAAAAUCGGGGAAGUGCAUGAAGGAACAGCAACAAUGGACUGGAUGGAGCAAGAACAAGAGAGAGGUAUUACUAUUACUUCUGCUGCAACUACGACGUUUUGGAAUAACCAUCGUAUAAACAUAAUCGAUACUCCUGGCCNNAUAAACAUAAUCGAUACUCCUGGCCAUGUUGACUUCACUCUUGAAGUAGAGCGUGCCCUAAGGGUUUUAGAUGGUGCAAUAUGCUUGUUUGAUAGUGUAGCAGGUGUGGAGCCUCAAUCUGAAACUGUUUGGAGGCAGGCUGAUAGAUAUGGUGUUCCAAGAAUAUGUUUCGUCAACAAAAUGGAUCGUCUUGGAGCAAAUUUCUUUCGAACAAGGGACAUGAUUGUAACGAACUUGGGUGCUAAGCCACUUGUACUUCAAAUUCCAGUUGGUGCUGAAGACAAUUUCCAAGGAGUUAUUGAUCUUGUGAAGAUGAAAGCAAUUAUUUGGUCUGGGGAAGAAUUGGGUGCAAAAUUUACAUACGAGGACAUUCCGGUUGAUCUUAAAGAGUUGGCUCAAGAGUAUAAGGCACAAUUGAUUGAGAACAUAGUCGAGUUGGAUGAUGAAGCUAUGGAGAACUAUCUGGAGGGAGUCGAACCUGAUGAGGCAACCGUUAAGAAAUUGAUUAGGUUGGGAACUAUUUCUGGCAGUUUCGUUCCAGUACUAUGUGGCUCGGCUUUUAAGAACAAGGGGGUUCAACCAUUGCUCGAUGCUGUUGUGGAUUAUUUGCCCUCUCCAGUUGAAUUGCCAGCAAUGAAAGGAACUGACCCUGAUGAUCCAGAGUUGAUAAUAGAAAGAACUGCCAGCGAUGAUGAACCUUUUGCCGGAUUAGCUUUCAAGAUCAUGAGCGAUCCAUUUGUGGGUUCACUAACGUUUGUCCGAGUAUAUUCAGGGAAGCUUGUUGCAGGGUCUUAUGUACAAAAUUCAAACAAAGGGAAGAAAGAGAGAAUUGGUCGACUUCUUGAAAUGCAUGCAAACAGCCGAGAGGACGUCAAAGUUGCCUUAACUGGCGAUAUUGUAGCUCUUGCAGGUUUGAAGGAUACAAUUACAGGAGAAACAUUGUGUGAUCCUGAUAAGCCGGUUGUGCUUGAACGGAUGGACUUCCCAGAUCCUGUGAUUAAGGUUGCCAUUGAACCCAAAACUAAAGCUGAUGUUGAUAAGAUGUCAGCUGGUUUAGUUAAACUGGCUCAAGAAGAUCCAUCUUUUCACUUUUCACGAGAUGAAGAAAUCAAUCAGACAGUUAUUGAAGGAAUGGGAGAAUUACACCUUGAGAUAAUUGUUGAUAGGCUCAAAAGGGAAUAUAAGGUGGAGGCCAAUGUUGGUGCACCACAAGUCAACUAUCGGGAGAGCAUUUCGAAGGUUUAUGAAGUGAAAUACGUUCACAAGAAACAAUCUGGUGGGUCUGGACAGUUUGCUGAUGUAACCAUAAGGUUCGAGCCCAUGGAAGCAGGUGGUGGAUAUGAGUUCAAAAGUGAGAUCAAGGGAGGAGCAGUUCCAAAAGAAUAUAUACCCGGUGUGAUGAAAGGAUUGGAAGAAUGCAUGAGCAAUGGAGUUCUGGCUGGCUAUCCUGUUGUAGAUGUUCGUGCGGUAUUAGUCGAUGGUUCUUACCAUGAUGUUGAUUCUAGUGUAUUGGCUUUUCAACUGGCCGCCAGAGGAGCUUUCCGGGAAGGGAUGAGGAAAGCGGGGCCCCAAAUGCUCGAACCGAUUAUGAAGGUUGAAGUUGUCACCCCUGAAGAACAUUUGGGUGAUGUAAUUGGAGAUCUUAACUCGAGGAGAGGCCAGAUCAACAACUUUGGAGACAAACCUGGUGGCCUCAAGGUGGUUGAUGCUUUGGUGCCUCUGGCUGAGAUGACACAUUUGAUCAAAUUUGGUUAA